AUGUCCAAGCCUUUCCCUGGAAGGAGCGAGGAGGGCGGCGGGCCGGGCGGCGACUGUCUCUGCCUUUUCGACGUAGACCGCACGCUCACCGGCCAACAAGACCUCACCAGCCCGAACUGCGAGAAGCUCGGGAAGACUUGUUCUCAGAAUCAGGUGCUCCCUGGCAUCAAGGACACCGCGUAUGGUGGGGGAGAUCUUACCCUGUCGCAGGUUGGCCAGUCCUUCAAGGGGACCUUCUGCGCUAGCUGUUACAUUGGCAUCGUCACUGCCGGUGAUGUGAGCGGGGCUGGCAGCCAGGAGCGCACGACUCUUGUGCAACAUCUGCAGGGAUCAGGUGGCAAGCUGCCAGUGACUAAUUGGUCUGGCCCAUCCAGCAGAGGCGAGGCACGCCGAGCCUGCACUGCACAGGAUGCGCAGUCUACACUGGUGACAGGAUGCUUGGACGGCACAAAGCAGGAGGCCGCCAAAGGCAUCGUCAUUUGGCUUGCACGCCGUGGUGUGGGAAUUCUUCCUUCGAACGUAUGGCUAUUUGAUGAUCGCUCCAUAAACAUUGUGCCUUUUCGCGGGACGGGCAUGAACGCCAAGAUGAUCUCCUGCGCGACAAGGGAUCCAAAAAUGCAGACCGGUGUGUGUGGAGCGACCACGCAGGAGAUUCUGCAGGAACCCGGGGUGAUUGUUUGUGAUGACCAGUCCGACGUGCUCGUGUGA